CAUCUCGCUAGCCCAUCGCGUAUUACGUCGGCAUCCCCUCCUACAUAGCGAGUAAACAUAACCAAGUGCCAAUGGAUCUAUUUCAAUUACGCAAUACUGUUAAGUAGCGAAUUAUAUCACGCAAAUUGGAAGGUGGCGAUCCUCAAUGGCCUCAUGCACGCCGGCGGGGAUCAUGUGGAUAUUGUCGCCAAUCUCUUUAGUGCCGGCUAAGUUCAAGACUUGGCUGUGUGUGAUAGUGAUACAGCGUUCCUUGCCAUCUCGCUACCCGCGUACCUAGUCGCUUUAGGUAGGUAUUGCCGUAUAUGCUGUCGAUAUACUAGGCCUACGAUAUACAAUGGGCAUAGUUCGCCGUGAGGAUCCCCUUUAGUAGCCGAAACCCACCACCCCACUGGCGAAAAAAGCAUUGGGGGGAGGGGGGGUAGGGCUUCUGUUGAGACGUGGGGGGGUUGGCUAGAGAGAGAAAGCCCGGUAUAGGCUACCUGGUUCCUUGCUUGCUUCGUCACGAUGUAGCCCGUUAGACUUCAAGAUUGGUUCUCUUCCGUGAGUCGACGAGAUUCAAUCUGUGCGUAAUCAUGAAUCCCGCGCGCCUGGUUCUUCGUCGAUUUGCUCAGCCGCUGGUUCGGCCUGUUCGAUGUAACGGUAUCCGAUCGUUUACGACGGCGUCUUCUCGCCCGUCUGCUGCCGCUGCCGCGGUCCAGCCGCAACACUUUGAUCAGCCGCCUUUCCCUAUUCCCGGUCCGGUCCAUGUUAGGGAAGAAGUUCCUAUCCAAAGUACUAAGAACACCCUCCGUGAUGCCGUCUCCGCGACUCAACCGAGGAACGACUGGACGAGGGAUGAGAUAGCGGUAAUCUACAACCAUCCAUUGAUGGAUUUAGUGCACCAAGCGAGUCUCGUCCACCGACGCUUUCAUGACCCGGGCGAAGUGCAACUAUGCACACUCAUGAAUAUCAAGACCGGCGGAUGCACAGAAGACUGUUCCUACUGCGCCCAAGCUACGCGAUACCAGAAAGGCACAGGGCUUCAAGCGAAAAAGGUCGAGACAGUCGAGUCGGUACUAGCAGCUGCACGGGCAGCUAAAGAAAACGGCAGCACGCGGUUCUGCAUGGGCGCCGCAUGGCGGGACAUGCGCGGGCGCAAGAACAGCCUGCGGAACAUCGCCGAGAUGAUCAAGGGCGUGCGAGCGCUCGGCAUGGAAGCGUGCGUUACGCUGGGCAUGAUCGACUCGGCGCAAGCGAAGGAGCUCAAAGACGCCGGACUGACGGCGUACAACCACAAUGUCGACACGAGCCGCGAGUUCUACCCGUCUGUUAUCUCGACGCGCACCUACGACGAGCGAUUGCAGACUCUUAGCUACGUGCGUGAUGCCGGCAUCAACGUCUGCUCUGGAGGAAUUCUCGGCCUUGGCGAGACGUCGACCGAUCGUGUCGGCUUGCUGCAUACCGUGUCGACGCUUCCCAAGCACCCGGAGAGUUUCCCGGUAAACGCCCUGGUGCCUAUUAAAGGCACGCCUCUUGGAGAUCGCGAGCCGAUCGAUUUUACAAGUAUGCUUCGAACCAUUGCUACCGCCCGCAUCAUCAUGCCCGCCACCAUCGUCCGAAUAGCUGCUGGCAGGAAGACCAUGUCAGAGGAGAAGCAGGCGCUAUGCUUCAUGGCUGGCGCGAACGCCAUCUUCACCGGCGAGAAGAUGCUGACGACAGAAUGCAAUGGCUGGGACGAGGACAAGGUUAUGUUUGACCGAUGGGGUUUAGAGCCGAUGAAGAGCUUUGACAAGUCUACGCCACCCACAAUUGGUGACUCAUAGCUUGUAGCUAGAAGGUAGGUAGCUAAGUUAAAAAUGCUCUAGUUCGAGUUAUAAACAUCAUAGCCGCGGUUUAUCUCCCUUGGUGAAUACGUCUGUAAUUUCUGUAACCUCCUCGGUCAUCUGAGCUUUUACCCACAGCUCAAUCACACCGCAUAGUUCAUCAACUUGCUCUUUUGUGUUAGAAUAAUGCAAGCAGACUCUUACUCGCUCGCUUCCUAUGGGUACGGUUGGGCUUACGAUAGGACGCACCAUAAAACCGAAUCGUUGACAAUGUGUCGCGAGGCUACGGGGGGAGGCGGU